AUGGGUUCUGGCCUUCUCGCCAUGAAUGGCAAUUCUGCUACCCUAAUCAAGGUCGAUAGGCUGCGCGAACUGAUUGGUGCGCGGAUUUCCCUCCCCCAACGGUCAAACAGAGUGCUAGCCAUAAUCUUGCCCGGCGUUACAGCUAGUUGUCGUAGGCGACACCAAAGCUCCGGGAAGAGCUCGGUCUUGGAAAGUAUCACCGGCUUCGCCUUUCCCCGCGCGGCAGAGCUAUGCACACGCUAUGCCACGCAGAUAACCUGUCGUCGGGAGGCUUAUGAGAGCAUCAAUGUUACCAUCAUCCCUCAUAACGAGUUGGACCCGGCCGAGGCUGCCAAGCUAAAGGAAUUUUUCAGAAGUAGCAAGACUUCGCAAAUGCACAAACGACGGCCUGGCUGA